GCUCCAAGGACUGGGGGAUCCCGCAUGAAAAGCGUGGUUUCCAAGUCAUGGAAGCGCUCCUGAGUGAGGAGAAGGGCUCUCCCACGAUGGGGGCCCAGUUUGAAGGAGGCUGUGUGCAGUUCCGGGGGAGAACCAUGUGAAGAGAGCCCUGAGAUGGGGGCUGUUUGUCCAAGGAGGCUGUAUACAGUCCUGCGGGUUGGAAGUAAUCUGGGAGAAGGGCCUGCACGCACGGAAGGACUCCCAGACAUCCGUGGAGGCCUACGGAGAGGCCCGGCAGGUGGCAGGGGACGGGCUCCAGGUGUCCAGGAGAGGAGGGGGCGACACAGAUGGGCCUGGAGCUACUGCAUGCCGGGGGCGGGGGCUCCGCUGGGCUGGAAUAGGCUAAUGUCUCUUGGGAUAAGGCGCCAGAGCUGGACUGUGAGCUCCGCCCUACCGGGCCUGACGCGAGGGCGAGGGUCAGGGGGCGGUGGGUGGGGACCCAGUCCCGGGAUUCCCCCCCGUGGGUCUGGGGAGUCGGAGCGGAGACUCCAGAGCAUGCGCGGAGGUGGCAGCUGGAAGGGGCUGCCCGACGUGGUGGGGGCGUGGCUGUCCGAAUACCCCCACCUCUCCACACCCCCCACCCCCCGCCCCGUUUGGCUUGGAAAAAGGAGCGCGCUGAUGGGGUGCAUUCUCUCUUAGGUUAUGCUGGCAGAGUGCAAAUGGUUAUGGUCCCCUCCCCCAUUUUAGGGGCUCUUACACUUGGCCCUCAGUCACAGUUUGCUAAGAAUGGGUUGAGGGAAGCUGCCAAAGUGCAUUUUUCUGCCACAGGAAAGACUGGGACCGAAGCAAUGGGUUCUGGGGGUGGGUCCUCCUGAAGAUAGGCCUUAGGAAAGGUAUUGGUUACGGAGGAAUCAAGGACAGGGCAGGGGCUACCUGGAAGGAGUUGUCUGCUUGGUUUGCAAGUUUCUGCUCCAAUAUUGAGUAGUGAUGGGGGCUUUUAAUCCAAAGAUUUUCCAUUGAAUUGUCUGUUAAGGUUACACUCUACAUUUAUAACAUUUAUUCUAAUAUUUAUUAAUAUUUUCAUGGCUCCUAUCUUCCACUGGAUAUCUUUCCGUUUUCCUCUCCCCACUCCCCAGAAACUGUCAGGGCUGUCUUUAGAGCCAAGACCUAAACCCUACAAACAAGUUGGAGGAUGGGGGAGUUUAUAGCCUUCAUCCUGGUGAGGCCUAGGUGAUAGCCUUAACUUCUUAUUUGCAGGCAAUGAGGAGGAAAAGACAUAGGAACAGAGGAUAAACUGAGGCAGGAUUGCCUCAAGAAAACUGGAGUCCUUAGGAUGGGCUGUGGGGUGGUGAUACCUCUUGUGUCUUAAGUGUCUUACCCUGUGAUGGGACGAGGAGCCUAGACCUGGGAAUCCUUCAGGUCGUCUCUCACCACUUCCUUACAUUUGGUCUGGGGAUGGGAAUCAAAUUUCCAUUUAGGCCAUGAACUUCAUUACUUUCCUAGUGGAAUUAUUUUGUUUUUUUGUAGCAGACCUAACUCCCUCCCACCCUCCCAAGGAAAUAGCUCCUACGACCUCACUCAAGUUAUCCAUUUAGUGAUCUCUAAGUACUUAGUGACUGUUUUCCCUCUUAACAACCAACCUUGUAUAGACUGUGUAGUCCUAAGGAUAAGCGCAGGGAGCAACUGACUUGAGUACUUCCUCUCUGUCAGGACCCUCUCUCCAUCCCAGGAACUCCUGUUUUUCAAGGCUGGGGACUAUUUCCAACAACCCAUGAACUAGAGUAGUGGGGUAGGUCAUUGAGGUCCACAUGGAUUGCUGGUUGCUGGUACCCAUUCUAGACUAAUGAUUUUUAUCCUGAUGAAUUCCUAAUAGGCUCUGGAGUGAUGAAAAAUUGACUUUUUAAAAAUUUGUUACAAAAAAUAAGCUUCUAGGAAAGGAGCUAGAACCUGCUGUUUGGAGUCAGCCAAAGCCUUGGGAAAAGCCGAAUAGGACAGGCUUUGCCUCAGUAAAGGGUAUAAUUGAGAUUCAGUCUGGAAGCUGCAAAUUGAGGGACCCCAUAACUGCCUCCUUCCUAGGCCUGGACUGUUCUCUUGUAAGAAGUUAGAGUGGUGUUCCAAGGUGGCCUGAGGACAUAAUACACGAAACUAAAGCGUUGUGUAAAAAACAACAACAAAAAACCCCCAAAAAACUAAAGCAUUGUUGCUAGCCUUACUGCGCUUAUGCCCACGUCUGCCUUCUGUGCUCAGGUGUGUUCCAAGCACAUACAGUGGACUGGGUGCUCCCUGAGGGUAGAAGCAGUGUCUGGUUUAUUUGUAGAACUAGCAAGUGCCUAGUGUAUAGGCCCUGGCACAGAAUACAUGUUUAUUAAUUAAAUCAAAUCACAUUCAAGUGUGAACAUAAAUGGUUAAGCACGUAUGUGGAUAUUUAAUAAAGUGUAUACUCACAUGGAGCAGAUCCUUUUUGGAGAGAUUGGCUUGUUAGUCUUUGCUUGCACACCAGCUAACCUAACCUAACCUAACCUUGAAUUUAUGUCUUUUGAAUAGGCAGUCUGGCUCCUUGGGAGGUGUGUGGGCCUCAGAACUGCAAGAAAGGAAUCCUGAGCCAGGGUUUUCAGCUCUGUUACUUUUCCUUCUCUGGGCUCCUUGGGGAUGGGGGAGGGGGAGUGUCCUUUUCAGGGCCCCUCCCUCCUUGCUUUUGUCUGAAGAGAAGGGCCCCGCCCCUUUCCCCCUAGGCCCAAGCUUUGUCUUCUGUGCUGGGGCCCUCAUCUGCAUCACAAAGUGGCCGUCUGUCCCUGUCUGGGUCUGUAGGGAAGUGUCUCCCUUUCUCAGACUAAAAGCUGGGGUAAGGGGGGCGGAGAGGAGACUGUGCUGUUGUUAGGCUUUCAGGGGGAUGUAAUGGGAGAGAGGUUCCUGCUUCCUGCUGUCUUUCCUAGUUUGGAGAUGAAGUGGGGGUGUGGGCUCCCCUGUUUUCCCAAAGCCUCUUUGGAGAGGAAGGUGCUCUAAGGCUAUGUGUGCUGCGGGCGCUUACCUGCCCCCCCUGCAGCAGGUGUUCCAGGCACCUCGCCGGCCUGGCAUUGGCACUGUGGGGAAACCAAUCAAGCUCCUGGCCAAUUACUUUGAGGUGGACAUCCCUAAGAUCGACGUGUACCACUACGAGGUGGACAUCAAGCCGGAUAAGUGUCCCCGUAGAGUCAACCGGGAAGUGGUGGAAUACAUGGUCCAGCAUUUCAAGCCUCAGAUCUUUGGUGAUCGCAAGCCUGUGUAUGAUGGAAAGAAGAACAUUUACACUGUCACAGCACUGCCCAUUGGCAACGAACGGGUCGACUUUGAGGUGACAAUCCCUGGGGAAGGGAAGGAUCGAAUCUUUAAGGUCUCCAUCAAGUGGCUAGCCAUUGUGAGCUGGCGAAUGCUGCAUGAGGCCCUGGUCAGCGGCCAGAUCCCUGUUCCCUUGGAGUCUGUGCAAGCCCUGGAUGUGGCCAUGAGGCACCUGGCAUCCAUGAGGUACACCCCUGUGGGCCGCUCCUUCUUCUCACCGCCUGAGGGCUACUACCACCCGCUGGGGGGUGGGCGCGAGGUCUGGUUCGGCUUUCACCAGUCUGUGCGCCCUGCCAUGUGGAAGAUGAUGCUCAACAUUGAUGUCUCAGCCACUGCCUUUUAUAAGGCACAGCCAGUGAUUGAGUUCAUGUGUGAGGUGCUGGACAUCAGGAACAUAGAUGAGCAGCCCAAGCCCCUCACGGACUCUCAGCGCGUUCGCUUCACCAAGGAGAUCAAGGGCCUGAAGGUGGAAGUCACCCACUGUGGACAGAUGAAGAGGAAGUACCGCGUGUGUAAUGUUACCCGUCGCCCUGCUAGCCAUCAGACAUUCCCCUUACAGCUGGAGAGUGGACAGACUGUGGAGUGCACAGUGGCACAGUAUUUCAAGCAGAAAUAUAACCUUCAGCUCAAGUAUCCCCAUCUGCCCUGCCUACAAGUUGGCCAGGAACAAAAGCAUACCUACCUUCCCCUAGAGGUCUGUAACAUUGUGGCUGGGCAGCGCUGUAUUAAAAAGCUGACCGACAACCAGACUUCGACCAUGAUAAAGGCCACAGCUAGAUCCGCUCCAGACAGACAGGAGGAGAUCAGUCGCCUGAUGAAGAAUGCCAGCUACAACUUAGAUCCCUACAUCCAGGAAUUUGGGAUCAAAGUGAAGGAUGACAUGACGGAGGUGACAGGGCGAGUGCUGCCGGCGCCCAUCUUGCAGUACGGCGGCCGGGUGAGCAGGAACCGGGCCAUUGCCACACCCAAUCAGGGUGUCUGGGACAUGCGGGGGAAACAGUUCUACAAUGGGAUUGAGAUCAAAGUCUGGGCCAUCGCCUGCUUCGCACCCCAAAAACAGUGUCGAGAAGAGGUGCUCAAGAACUUCACAGACCAGCUGCGGAAGAUUUCCAAGGAUGCGGGGAUGCCUAUCCAGGGUCAACCUUGUUUCUGCAAAUAUGCACAGGGGGCAGACAGCGUGGAGCCUAUGUUCCGGCAUCUCAAGAACACCUACUCAGGGCUGCAGCUCAUUAUUGUCAUCCUGCCAGGGAAGACGCCGGUGUAUGCUGAGGUGAAACGUGUCGGAGAUACGCUCUUGGGAAUGGCUACGCAGUGUGUGCAGGUGAAGAAUGUGGUCAAGACCUCACCUCAGACUCUGUCCAACCUCUGUCUCAAGAUCAAUGUCAAACUUGGUGGCAUUAACAACAUCCUAGUCCCACACCAGCGCUCUGCCGUUUUUCAACAGCCAGUGAUAUUCCUGGGAGCAGAUGUUACACACCCCCCAGCAGGGGAUGGGAAAAAACCUUCUAUCACAGCAGUGGUAGGCAGUAUGGAUGCCCACCCCAGCCGAUACUGUGCUACUGUGCGGGUACAGCGACCACGGCAAGAGAUCAUUGAAGACUUGUCCUACAUGGUGCGUGAGCUUCUCAUCCAAUUCUACAAGUCCACCCGUUUCAAGCCUACCCGCAUCAUCUUCUACCGAGAUGGGGUGCCUGAAGGCCAGCUACCCCAGAUACUCCACUAUGAGCUACUGGCCAUUCGUGAUGCCUGCAUCAAACUGGAAAAGGACUACCAGCCUGGGAUCACUUAUAUUGUGGUGCAGAAACGCCAUCACACCCGCCUUUUCUGUGCUGACAAGAAUGAGCGAAUUGGGAAGAGUGGUAACAUCCCAGCUGGGACCACAGUGGACACCAACAUCACCCACCCAUUUGAGUUUGACUUCUAUCUGUGCAGCCACGCAGGCAUCCAGGGCACCAGCCGACCAUCCCAUUACUAUGUUCUUUGGGAUGACAACCGUUUCACAGCGGAUGAGCUCCAGAUCCUGACGUACCAGCUGUGCCACACUUACGUACGAUGCACACGCUCUGUCUCUAUCCCAGCACCUGCCUACUAUGCCCGCCUGGUGGCUUUCCGGGCACGAUACCACCUGGUGGACAAGGAGCAUGACAGUGGAGAGGGGAGCCACAUAUCGGGGCAGAGCAAUGGGCGGGACCCCCAGGCCCUGGCCAAAGCCGUGCAGGUUCACCAGGAUACUCUGCGCACCAUGUACUUCGCUUGAAGGCAGAACGCUGUUACCUCACUGGAUAGAAGAAAGCUUUCCAAGCCCCAGGAGCUGUGCCACCCAAAUCCAGAGGAAGCAAGGAGGAGGGAGGUGGGGUAGGGAGGAGUGUAGGACGCCUUGUUUCCUUCUAUAGAGGUGGUGUAAGAGUGGGGAACAGGGCCAGCAAGACAGACCACCAGCCAGAAAUCUCUGAUAUCAACCUCAUGUCCCCCACCCCUCACCCCAUCUUGUCACAUCUGGCCCUGACCCCACUGGACCAAAAGGGGCAGCACUGGUGCCCACCAUACACACAGGUGUCUCAUGUGACUCACAGUGCUAAAGACUCAUGCUUGACAGCUUGGUAAGGUCAACUCUGUAGCCCUGCAGACAAAAGCUGGUUAGGUUUGGGUUUGAUACUUUAGAUGGGAAAGUGAGGGGCUUGAGAAAGUGGGUGGGAGGAGGGAAGGAUUUUUUAGGAGCCUUAAUCAGAAAAGGACUAGAUUUGUUUAAGAAGAAAAAUGAAACCAGACCCAGAUCAAUAUUUUAGGAUACUAGAUGUUUUAAUGGGUUCAGAAUCCAGUUUGUAGGAAGAUUUUUUAAUGGUUUUGGUUGCUCCUCCCCCAGCUGCCACCCCCCACCUUACCCUUAUUCCUCUCUGUCCACAUUUUCUGCCCUACCUUACUUCUCCUCCCUGACAGACAUCCAGCCCCUAGUAAUACUUAAGGCACUAUGGCACUUAGCUUUGAAGUGACACGACCCUGUCUUCCUUCCGCCCGCUGGUGGGUAACCAGUGCCUUCCCUGUAACGGUAAUGCUGCAGAACUGCAACCUUUUGUACCUUUCUUUGGGAAAUGGGGUGGGGGUGGGAGAGGAGGUAGAUGGGGAAGAAAUACCCCAGACCCAACAAACCUCCAGCCAGAAAGCCAGCUAUUUUGCAUUUGAAGGAAUUGACUUCCUCAUUCAUUGAGCUUUUUAAAAGAUCACAACCUCAAGAUGGUUAAAAUCCAUUGACAUUUGCACUUUCAAACAUGACAAGUCUCGGAGCUGCUGAGAUGACUGGCCCCUGGCCUUUCCACUUAUGCCUCCUUUUCUCCUUGUUCCUCCUACCUCCCGCCCCGCCCAGGUCUGGAGUUACUUUCAUAGCAUUUUUCACUCUUGGCUUCUUUUCUCCCUUGAUGGUCAAGUCUCUUAUGUUUCAAUAUUUCUUAACUGGGGUGUCUUAUAACAAAAAACUCUUAGGUCUAAAAUGAGAAAAAAGAGAGAAAACAAAAUGUUAUUUUUAUACCAUAACUUGAGUGUAUUGCCAAAAUUUGGAAAUCCUUCCCAUGCCUGAUGAGUUUAUAUCCCAGAAACAUUGAGCCAUCAGAAUGAACUGUGUACCUGAUUUGUUCUCUGACCUGGCUAGGUAGGGAGGGGGUGGUUAUCGCCCCAAGAUGGGGUCCAGGCUCCAUCCUUCCUCUGUGCAGAUAAUACCUUUUUCUUGCUAUAGCCUCCCUCCUCUGCACUCUUCCUUGCAAGUGCAUCUUUUUCCUUCCCCUGGACUGUCCUCUGACCCUUUGGCUCAUCCUAGAUUGCAGUGUGUCCUGUGGACAGGCUGGGGAAUUUUGCUGCUCCCUGUUGCUUCUGUUUACAAAAAUGAAUUUUUCCUGGUUUCCCACUAGGGCAUGUGGGUGGGUGGCAUGGGCUUUUUUUUUUUUUUUUGGUCUUGAGACAUGGGGUUUGGCUGUCUUGCCAGGACUGGAGAAGGUGGUGGUUCUAGCCUGGUCUCUGUUGGCCUUGAAGCAAGCAUCCCCCCUGCCCUUUUUCCUUGACUGUUCAUUUUUUUCCUGCCCCACUGCUUGGGAUGGGGAGUUGCAACUUCAGUGUGGAAUUUCCUCUUUGAGGAGCCUGGGCUUGGAUCUAUCCUGAUCUGGUGAUGAAGCCAUGAUUACUUUAGACCUAGCCCAGGCUUGGAGGCCAGCUGGAGGAAGAAGGGUCUAAAUCCUGGCCUGUAGAGUUAGAACUACCAUUUCCUCCCCUUAGCUGCCCUUGUAUGACCCGGAUUUGCUAUGCAAAACAAUCUAUCCCAGGUUCUGUUCUGGUUGGCUACAUUGUUCAGCAACUCACAAAACGUAGCACAAACAUUCAUUAUGGAGAAAGCAUCAGGACUGUUGAGUAACUCCUCCUUUACUUUUUUCCUGCUGGCUACAGCAUGGGGUGCCCUAUAGGCACAAGCCCAGCUGAAGAACAGAAUGGAGGGCUCUGGGAGGAGGCAGCUCACUGGAGAGCCUACAUUCCUUACACAAGUGCCUAAAGAGAGUGAUGCUAACACUCCAUCUGCCCUGUCCAUUGCCUUCAUAUACAGUCUACUUCGUGUUCUGUCACCCUUUGGGGAGGGGAGCUCUCCUGGGACAGUGGGCUCUGCAUGUUCUCCACUUGGAUACAUUUUGGGGCUAGGAUCAGGGCACUAUUCCUGGAGGGUCCAGUCAUUCACCAGCAUUUGCAAAUGUCCAUAGGGAGCAGGUGGCAGCCUCUACUCCCAGCAACAAGUUUGUGUUCUCUCCUUUUCUCUCUUUGCCUCACUCUCUCCAGUUGGUUUUCAGCUGGGGCUUGAAAUGCAUUUUUAGCCCUUUGACAUGGCAUAUGCCAUUCAAGAAAUAAAAAGCAAGAGAAUCAGCUUUGGGCAAUGACAAGAAAUGAGUUCUUACUCUGAUUUUUUUGUAAAAAGAUAAUUUUUGAGACUUGAAAAAUACCCCGACCUUGAGAUUAUUCAUGUUUGAAAGGUGGUGCAUGCAGAUGGAGAAGUGGUGUUGGCAGCAAGCUUUGGCUCAUGCGGAUUUGGUUUAAGUGGUGCUUCUUACCCAAGCUUCAAGGAAGUGCUUGGGGGACCCCCAGCCUCAUCCUCUUAGUUGGGUCUCUUGUUCCCUUUGUACCACUGUUUUGCCUUCCUUUUCCUCUUCUCUCUUUGCCUGGCUUCCUUUCCCUUUUCUUCUAUUCACUCUGCUUACUUGCUGGCCUGCCUGCCUGCCUGCCUGCCUGUCUGCCUAUGUGAUGAUGAAAUCUCUGCAUGGCUGCAAUGAUCCCACUGUUAGCUGGCAGGGUCAGGCUUAGCUCCUUGACUGCAGAAGACCAAGAACCUGUUCCCCAAGCCCAGAGGUGUCCACCUGGGCUGGACUGCCCUCAAGCUUAUACUAGAGAAGAGCAACUGACCUGCCCAACUUGUGUGAAGUCAGGAGGGUUUCUGGCAUUUUCCAUACCUGUCCACUCCUUGGAGCUGGUUUCUCUCAUUGCUUUUUCUAAAUCUGGUUCUUUUUCUCUUUACUUGGGGCCUGGCUUUUCUGAGAUUGUCUUAGGGUUGAGCUAUUUGGGUAUCCUGGGUUUGAGUGUUAGGGGAUGGACAUAAAGGAAAAAGAGUGAUGAGAAGAGAAUGGAGAGAAUUUGAAUAAAAGGUGGGAAAGGAGAGCACUGUUCUUUGAUUGUUUAUCCAGUCCAACCUGAUCCAUUAGGGAUUGAGGUGCUACACUGGCCUCCAGGGAUAAGCCUGGGGCUACUGUUGCUGGGAACUUAGGCUUAACAUAAAGCGGAAGAAGGUACCCAGAAAUUUGAAACUUCCCUAAAAAGUUCCUAAUGCCCAUCUGCUAGAUAGCUUCUCUGUGGCCUCCUAUUUAGCUAAGCAGCAGUGUUUUUGGAUACUUUUUUUUUUCUGUUUGUGAAUAAGGCCAGCACUCAAGAUGGGCAGCCAAGGGCGCACUGACUAUUAGCUGGCCCAUAGGAUAUCUGUAAGGCUGGUGGGACAAUUUUGGACCUGGAAUCAAGUGUAACUAACAAGGUUGGAAGUUUCUUCCCCAUCAGGGUAGAAAAAUCAUCUCAAACUAGCCAAAAGGCAGUUUUGGAAACUACAUUGGGGGACGUUAUUUUUAUUUAUAUAUGGGGCCUAGGCCAAUCCAGGAUGGUAGCUGGAAUACCUUCCUUCUUAAAAUCUGAUCAUGGCAGGGAUAUGCAGGGCACUUUUUACUAUUUGGCCUUCUAAGCAGAUUGGGAAGGAGGUAUUUUCUGGUUUUCGCUUUCCUCCGACUUAAUAGGACUUGCCUUCUCCCUGGGCAGGGAGAGAGGCUGGGUUGGUGCUCUCCCCUUACUCUACUCAUACUGACUUAGAGCCUCUGGCUGCUGUUUGGGCAUCCAAGAAAGGGAGGGGAAGGAAUGAGCUAAAAACAAAACAGAAUGAGGUGGGAAAGGGAGAUUUUCUUCUUUACAGAGGAAAAUAGGAAACCCUCCAAGAAUUGUGCAAGUAAAGACAUUUGUUGAAUGCACUGAGUCCCUUGGUGUAGUAGCAAUAAGGAAAAAUGAAAUUACUUUCCUGUGCACACAGUCCAGCCUAAUUGGUAUGUGAUGUUGCACUUAGCAGCCAUGUGGUGGGCAUGUGUGACUACUCUGGUUUUCACUUCAGUUUCUAAACUUUUUAUCCCUCUCAAGUCCAGCAUGGAUGGGGAAAUGUCUCUGGAUCCCCACAGCUGUGUACUUGUUUGCAUUUGUUUCCCUUUGAGAUUUGUGUUUGUGUCCUGCUUUGAGCUGUACCUUGUCCAGUCCAUUGUGAAAUUACCCCAGCAGCUGUAAUGUACAGUUCCUUCUGAAGCAAGCAACAUCAGCAGCAGCAGCAGCAGCAGCACAAUUCUGUGUUUUAUAAAGACAACAGUGGCUUCUAUUUCUAAA